AAUACAUUACAUUAUAAUUAUAUCAAAAUAAAAUUUUUUAAAAAUUACAUUGCAAUGUUAUGUUUACGUUCAGAUUAUAUAUUAAACUUAAUGUGUCCUCAAACUUUACUUGCUCUAAAAGUAUAUUCAAAACCUGUAUCAGAUUUUGUAAUUAUUGAAAAUAAUGAUAAUACUUUAUGUCAGAUUCUUGUGUUAAUGUUUGAUAAUAAUUGCAUUGAAUAUACAUUACAAGUUCUCUCAUAUCCAGAUUUUCAAAAAAAGUUUCAAAUAAAUAUACCAACUAUAACACAUCUUGUUGAAAUUAUGGAUCCUUGUGAUGAAGUAAUUUUAUAUCUAGAAGGAAUUAAUAACUCUAAUAAUGAUACUAAUAAUUAUAUAGAUACAGUUAAAAUAAAAACUAUAUCAGAAAGUGAUCCUGAAUAUCAAUUACAACGCUUAAUAAGAAAAGAACAAUUUGAUGCAGCUGAAUUUUUUGCAAAAAAAUUUAACUUAUCUACAGAUCCUAUUUAUUAUGCAAAGAUUGCAUUGCUUUUGUCACAAUUUGGACCUUGGACAAAAGAAAAGUCCAAUUCUUUUCAAUUAGAUAUGAUUCUUAAUAUAUUUGAUAAAAUAAAAAAUGUACAAUAUAUUGUAGAAUGUUGUAAUAAAGCAUUUAUACCUGAUUAUAAACAAAUGAAAAAAAUUUAUUUAUAUGCACGUUCAAGAAUAGUAGAAAAUAUCUCUAAAAAUAAUUAUUUGUAUCUUCUUUCUUCAAUUAAUAGUACAUUGCAAAAAUUAGAAACUUUUCAUAUGAUUUGGGGAUAUCAAAGAAAUUUAAAAUAUUAUGAUGAAGAUACUAUGAAAGAAUGGAUUAGAUUUUCUCGAGCGGAUUUAAUAGAAGAAUAUAAAAUAUAUUUGAGCUUGGGAGAAAUGGAAGCAGCUACUUUAAUUUGGACGAGACAUCUUGUAAAUAUAAUGAAAGAUAUAUCUAUAGAAAUUGUAAAGGAUAUAUUUGGAAUUCUUCCUGAAAAGAUACCCUUUCUUUCCCUUUGGAUGUGGUUAUCACAUUUUAUUCCCAGUAUAUUGUCAUUUAUUCCUAAUGCAAUAUCUGAAAUUAUUGUCUGGGGUUAUAAAAAAGUUAAAUCAUUUGAACAGUCUUAUCGUUCAGAAUGGCCUCAAAUUGGAAUUGAUUUUACAAAAAAGUUUAUAAAGUUGUUGAAAUUUCAAGAAAGUCAUCAAUCUUUAUACUUUCAACAGGAAUGUUUAAACAAAGAUACUAAUUUAAAACAGUUUAUUUCUUUAAUACAAAUAUUAUCUGAUAUUCAAAAAUUGAAAGUUAAUUAUAGAUUAAUAAUAUCUCUUAAUUCAUAUAUUGGAGAUCCUAUAGAAGUAUCAUACAUAUUAUUAGAUAAAAUACAUAUAAAUAUAAUUCUAGAAUUUGUGAAUACAUUUUUUAAACAAUAUAUGUUGAAUAAUUCUCUACAAAGUGAUUAUAUUUUUUCUUCAUAUGUACAGAAAACUCUAAAAAAUUCUAAAAAUUGGUGGUCAGGAGAGGAAGCUCCCUGGGAAAAAAAAAUUGUUAUUAUUAUUGAUUUAAUUCAAGAUAUAGAGACUAAAUUACAGCAAAUAUUAGAAGUAUUAAAAAAAGCUGUAGUUCCAUGGACAUCAACUAUUGUAUCUCUAAUAGAAACAAGUUAUGAUUUUGAUCAUAUUUUAACAUCUCAAAUUAGAAUAGAACAUAACUUUGUUCCAGUUAAGCUUAUUUUAAAGAAAUAUGGAUAUGAACGCAUUGGUAUAAAUAAUAAAUUAAUAUACCGAAUAAUAAAAGAAAAUCAUGAUAAUAUGAUUUCUGAUAUUCAACAAAUAACUAAAAAUGAUUUAUUUUCAAGAAAAAAAGCAUUUUCAUCUUGUGUAAAUUAUUAUUUAAUUAGAGGGAAUUUUGAAAACGUAACGAAGAUAUUAAAUUUUUUAGAGGAUGAUGUUUUAUUAUAUUGUUGUAUACAAAUUGUUAACUAUAUAACAGCUAGUUUAACAUUAAAGUAGACAUGGAAAAAGAUA